CUGCACCGUUGCAAGACAGGAAUCUGGUUUACUGAACAGUUGAAGCGCGCUCGUCAGGCCGGGAGGAUCCGUGCUGUCAGUGGCCCAGAGGCCUUGCGCUCUUCUAUCAUCCGCAUUCAACUUUGA